AUGCACUUACAUACUGAUAACUACAACAGCAACAAAGGAAAUACUGAGAAGCCGGCCGGGACGGGAGUUUGUGUCCUGUGCGAGCUGCUUCCCUGGGCCUGGGCUGUUCCCAGCAAGGAGCCUCUUUGCUUGCAGGAGCCCGUGAGCUUUGCGGAGGUGGCCGUGUAUUUCAGCAGGGAGGAGUGGGCGCUGCUGGACCCUGCGCAGCGAGCGCUCUACCGGGACGUGAUGCUGGAGACGUACCAGUGCGUGGCCUCGCUGGCUCCACUUCCAGCCCCCAAACCCAUGCUGAUCUCCCUGCUUGAAGGAAGGGAAGAGCCCUGGAUCCCAGAUGUGCGUAGCCCUGAGGCCGUGCCAGGAGACCUCAGCCCAGGAACUCGGAUUACAGAUAUACUGGAGGAUCUGCAUCAAAGUGGAGUGGCUGAAAGGCGUUUGGGUAGUGUCUGUGUGGAAGAAAUGAGAAGGGAUGUCCGAGGAGGCCUGGAGCAAGGCCAAGGUGAGCACACCAAGAAGCCACUGGGAAAGAUAGGAAGGUGCCCACUGGACUACAACACAGGUCAAAAGGGGCCUGAAGAACCCAGGAGCAAGGAUGUGUGCCAGAAGAAAAAGCAGAAUCCAUGCACAGAGUGUGGAAAUAGCUUUGAAAAAGAUUCCUGCAUCGUUAACCACCAGUGCAGACGCUCAGCAGUGAGUCCAUACAAGUGCUCUGAGUGUGGGAAGAGCUUCAAAAAGAGAUCCCAACUCACCUACCACCAACGCAUCCACACAGGAGAGAGACCCUUCGGGUGCUCAGAGUGUGGGAAGAGCUUGAAAAGCAGUUCUGAUUUAAAGAAGCACCAGCGCAUCCACACAAGGGAGAGACCCUACAAGUGCUCUGAGUGUGGGAAGAGCUUCUCAAAGAGUUCCCACCUCAGCUAUCACCAGUGCUUUCACACAGGAGAGAGACACUACAAGUGCUCUGAGUGUGGGAAGAGCUUCAAAAGCAGUUCUGAAUUGAAGAUACACCAGCGUGUACACACAGAGGAGAGACCCUUUCAGUGCUCUGAAUGUGGGAAGAGCUUCAAAAGCCGUUCCCACCUCACCUGCCACCAGCGCUUCCACACAGGGGAGAGAGCCUACAAAUGCUCUGAGUGUGGGAAGAACUUCAAAAGCUGUUCUGAUUUGACGCGGCACCAGCGCAUCCACACAGGAGAGAGACCCUACAAGUGUCCAGAGUGUGGGAAGAGCUUCAAAAGCAGAUCUAAUCUCAACACCCACAAGCACAUCCAC